AUGCCUUCAUCCACCGUUAGAGUAGUCUCUCAACUUAAUUUCAUAGAAACUUUAAAACUAUGUUUUAGUUUCUUUUGUUGUGGCUUAAGAGACUCCUUCGCUUGGCCCUCGAGUUUGAUCAUAAUCUACGGAUCCAACACGAUCCGAAAUCGUACUUUAAAGUGUUUCACCCUAAACGGUGUACUUUUCUUGGGGAGUAUAUUCUUCUUCAACCGUAUUACCUUACCAAUAAUACAUUUUAUCCUGGGAACGUCACUCUUCACGUCGAUUCGCGGAAGUAAUGAGCAUUCCCCAUUCAUCGUCAAUUUUCUGGAUAAGACCGCGGCUUUGAUGUAUCAAUUAUGCUGGGUAUAUCCAAUAUUUCUUCUCAGUUUUGCAUUGAAUGCUAUGUGGUAUCAAGAAAUAGCCGAUCACGCUUACCGACUACUGUAUGGUCGACCUAUAGAUUCGAAGCUAACGUAUACUAGACUGUUGCAAAAUGUAGCCAAUGACAUUUAUCGAGCCAUAUUAUUCAUGAAUUAUCUGACAGUGGCCACGAUAAUCUAUGCUAUUCCCGUAUUUGGUCCAUUGGUAUCGUUCAUGUAUUUCUGCUGGAUAUACGCUUACUAUAGUUUCGAGUAUGUUCAAAUUUUUUACGCAGCAAUUACUAGCAAAAACGUAUUGGUGGCUUACUCGCAUCUCAUAAUAUCUCGUCUACAUCAAAUUGAUAGGUAUAAAUGGGUUAAUAAAGGAUGGACUUUGCAACAACGCAUAGAUUAUUUUGAAGAAAGAUGGUCUUACUUUGCCGGCUUCGGUUUCACAUUUACUGUAACAACUUUCUUUGUUGACCAGUUUUUGAGCGCAGGGGUAUUUGCUCUCCUUUUCCCACUUUAUAUAAUUAUGGCUAAUAACGCACUCCCUUUGCCGAGAAGAAAUGAGAGCGCUCGAUUCUCGUCAUUGGUACCAUACAAACUGAGAGUUUUUGGAGUGUCCAUGAAAUUGAAUGAUAAGAUAAUCAACU